CGGAGCGAAAAGUGUCAGCCCAAUCCGAGCUGCCUUCAGCCUGCUGUGCGCUCUCCCCUGCGCUCACGGAGGCAGUGAAAACCUCCGUUGGGUAUAUGCGCCCGCAGAUGUCAUGUGAAAACCCGCAUGCUGGCCUUACCGCACAACUGAAGAGUCCGACCACCGCUUCACUCACUUCUGGAAUGGUUUUGCACAGUAGUCUCCCACUUUGACGAGACCAAACUUCACCAUCGAGGAUUUUGUUUUUUUACUCUGGUUUAUGUUUGUUUCUUCAUGACUGAAACGUUCGGGAUCGAGUCGCCACCACUAUGCGAGCCCAAAUUGAAGUCAUACCAUGCAAAAUCUGUGGAGACAAGUCAUCAGGCAUCCACUAUGGAGUCAUCACAUGUGAAGGCUGUAAGGGUUUCUUUAGGCGCAGUCAACAGAACAACGCCUCCUACUCCUGUCCCCGUCAGCGCAACUGCCUAAUUGACCGAACAAACCGCAACCGCUGCCAGCACUGUCGGCUCCAAAAGUGCCUGGCUUUGGGCAUGUCCCGUGAUGCUGUUAAGUUUGGCCGCAUGUCCAAGAAACAGAGAGACUCCUUGUACGCAGAGGUUCAAAAACACCAGCAGAGGCUGCAGGAGCAGCGGCAGCAGCAGACGGGCGAAGCGGAGGCCCUCGCUCGUGUUUACUCCUCCAGUCUCACCAACGGCCUCAGCACCCUCAACCAUGAAAUUGGAGGGACAUACGCCAAUGGUCACAUUAUAGACAUGCCCAAGGGUCAGACGAACGGCGCUCCCGGAGGUUACUACGGCAUGGACUCCACACAGGCCAGCCCGGAUCAGUCUGGACUGGACAUAACUGGAAUGAAGCAGAUCAAGCAGGAACCCAUAUAUGAUCUCACUCCUGUUCCCAACCUUUUCACCUACGGCUCCUAUCAAGAUAGCCAGCUAGCACCUGGAGUGUCCAUGGGGGAAUUAGACCGAAUUGCACAGAACAUCAUAAAGUCCCACCUGGAGACGUGUCAGUACACAGCAGAAGAGCUUCAGCAGCUGGCCUGGCAGACGCACUCCUAUGAAGAGGUCAAGAUGUACCAAAGCAAGACACGGGACGUGUUGUGGCAGCAGUGUGCUAUGCAGAUAACUCAUGCCAUUCAGUAUGUGGUCGAGUUCGCUAAGCGCAUCACUGGCUUCAUGGAGCUUUGCCAGAACGACCAGAUAUUGCUGCUGAAAUCAGGUUGUCUGGAGGUAGUGCUGGUCAGAAUGUGCCGGGCAUUCAACCCUCUCAACAACAUGGUUCUGUUUGAGGGGAAAUAUGGAGGCAUGCAGAUAUUUAAAGCUCUAGGUUGUGACGACCUGGUCAGUGCGGUGUUUGACUUUGCCAAGAGUUUGUGUUCACUGCAGUUAACGGAGGAGGAGAUCGCCCUUUUUUCUGCUGCGGUGCUCAUUUCUACAGACCGGCCUUGGUUAAUGGAGCCCAGGAAAGUGCAGAAGCUACAAGAGAAAAUCUACUUUGCCCUGCAGCACAUCAUGCAAAAGAAUCAUCUGGACGAGGAUGCCCUGGCCAAGCUGAUUAGCCGGAUCCCUACGCUGUCGGCUCUAUGCACUCUCCACACGGAGGAGCUCCAGGCCUUCCAGCAGCUCCACCCAGAGACCGUUAACAUGCUCUUUCCUCCUCUCUAUAAGGAGCUCUUCAAUCCUGACGCCACUGGCGUCAUGCCCAAAUGACCAGACACGUUUACCCACACACUUCUACGUCUUUCAUUUAACAAUCGACAGGCUGUCCCUGGAAGGUGUUGCAGAAGAUGAACAGCAUCCGCAGAUUUUGGAGCCACAACAACAACAACAACAAACUCUAGGAAUGUUCUGCACUUCAAAAACCAACUCAAUUUCACCGGUACAGUCAUAAGAAUGUAUAUACGCGGCAGCAGCAAAAGGCGCCUUCAGUUUGACAAGAAAUGUACAGACUUUAGGACAAUUUAAGCUGUCUUUAAAUUGGGUAAGUUCAUUUGUUUAAUUUGAUUUCUCUCUUUUUUAUAUAAAAUAUUGUUAUAUUGAAAUGAGAAGGUGGGGAGCGCAUUCAAAAAUGAUAAUGUAGUCAUUUCUUUAGUACGAAGCGGUAUUUCAGUAUUAAAUUUUGUUCUGUUAAUAUUUUAGUCAUAAUUUAAAAACAACGGUGGCCUGAAAGGCCCGUACCUUGUCAAUGUAAUUUUUCGUAUUUGUUUUGUAGUUUUACCUGUACAUAAUACUGUAUGUGAAAUUGAAACUGGUAUAAGGUUAACGGGGGAUUAACUUUGUUUGGUCACGUUUAAAAGCCUUGUCUGGGCAAUGUAGAUAUGUAUAAACAGCACCACAUUAAUCCUACCACUGAGGAUUUUUGAAGUGGAAAAAUAAUUGAUUUUGAUUAUUUUCCAUACGAAAAUAUAGAGAUAUAUAUAUUUUACAAAAAUUGUAUGGCUGAUUACCAUCUUGUCAGUCAUAGCUGCAAUAACAGUUUCUGAAACUGCUGAAAAACAAUCCAGUCAAAUGUGACAUUAUGGGAAGCCCUCAGAACUACUUUGAAUCUAUAAACCCGUUUGCAAUGCUGUUCUUACUGCCAAAAAAUAAAACAGCACUAGUGUAUGUGAAGCUGCAGCCCUCUGUCUGUGAAGGCAUAAAUAGCUAGUACAAAAUAAGCCCUAACAUUUACUGCCACUGAUAUGAUGUGUUUCCCUGCUGCCUUUAUAGUAGAUUCUCUGAUUUGAGCAAUAAUUUCUAAUCCAUCAUUAAGUGCACAGGUCUGUGGCAUUCUUAACCAUAUGCUAAUUGUAAAGUACUCAUCCUUAUUUUGAACAUCAAUUUAUUUACAUAUUCAUUAAUUUU